UCCUCGCCCACAUCCCAGGUGAAAACCAUAUAAGGUAGAAUCCGGAAGUCGGCACUUGCAGAAAGUUUUUUCCACUGUUAACUCUAGGUCUCCUCUGUUGAUUCAUAUCAAGUAAAAAUAAAAGAUGACAGGAUUAGUCAAAGCUAAGAAGUAUGAUUGGAAAGAUUCCAACAUGGCACUGUUUGGUACUGAUGUUGAAAGACAAGUUAAAAAGGAAUCUGCCAUGGGAGAACCUGCUUGGGAGGGGGCAGGACAAUCUGUUGGUCUGAAGAUCUGGAGAGUUGUGAAAUUCCAAAUCACAGACUGGCAAGAAGAAGACUAUGGAAAAUUCUUUGAUGGUGACUCUUACAUCAUUCUAAAUACAUACAAGAAGAAUGAAGAUUCUGAGGAACUGUGUUAUGACCUCCACUUCUGGAUAGGCAAACAUAGUACACAGGAUGAAUAUGGAACAGCAGCAUAUAAAACUGUUGAGUUGGACACUUUCUUAGAUGAUGCAGCUGUUCAGCAUAGAGAAGUUAUGGGACACGAAUCUACUCUGUUUAAAUCAUACUUUAAAUCAAUCACAACUAUGCAAGGAGGAGCUGAAACAGGCUUUAAACAUGUUUUACCAGAGGAAUAUAGACCAAGGCUUUUACACUUCAGUGGAAAGAGAAGAAUUGAAGUUAAAGAGGUUCCAUAUGUACAGUCAAGUCUUAACCCUGGUGAUGUGUAUAUAUUAGAUUUGGGUAUGCAGAUUUACCAGUGGAAUGGUUCAGAAUCUAGUGGUAUUGAGCGACACAAGGCAGCUGAAUACUUGCAACAGAUGGAAUCAGAAAGACCAAAAGCUAGCACAACAGUUCUUGAUGAGAGUGGAAUAAGCAAAGCUCAUCGUUUCUAUGAAGCUAUUCCAGAAGGGGAUGCUGAUGAGGUGGACUCUGAUGAUGAAGAUGAGGGUGAUGAUGAGAAAAAACUGUUGAGAUUGUCAGAUGCUGGAGGAUCCAUAAAUUUCUCAGAAGUAAAGACUGGUGAUGUAGCCAUGGAGGAUCUUGGAGAAGAUGAUGUGUUUGUUCUUGACACCAAGAGUGAACUAUUUGUUUGGGUCGGAGGUAAAGCUUCUGUGGACGAAAGGAGAAAUGGAAUGGGAUAUGCUCAUAAAUACUUGAUGGACAAAGCUCGUCAUUAUAAACCAGUUUCUGUUGUCAGCGAAAAAGUAGGAAAAGACAGAAUUGAAGUAGCAUUAUCAGCAUAAACUCUUGCCACUGUAUAAACAAUAUACCACAAUAUAGAUGCUUUUGCAUUAGUUAGCACAUAAAUUAUUGUUUGUUGUUAACCACCCUUUUCUAAGAUAUGGGCAUAACAUGUUUUGUCUCAAAAACUAACAUAAGGUUAUUAUUAAGACUUAUAUUUAGGAUGAGAAAUUUUAUUGUUCAUUAAUAUAUUUUUCAAGGAUUAUUUAUUUCAACAUUACAUGAGCAGGACUAUUUAAUUUGAAAAUUUAUAUUUAUAUGAUGUCAGACAUGAUCCAUCCUGAUUACUAGUAGAUUGUCACAAAAGUUUGAGGAAUGUAUCUCCAGGAAUGAUUUUACCAAUGUAUAGAAUGGGCCCUCAUCAGGUCAUAUGGGAAUUUUGUAUAGCAAGACCUUUAUUUGGAUUUUUUUUUAUAUAUAUCCUUGAUUGAAUCUUAACUUUGUCAUCAAUCAUUUACACAUUUGUUUUAUUGGAUUCUACUUCCUGUAUAGGGUAUACUCAGAAUUGAAUAAGUCAAUGGACAUGUAAGUGAUGUGCAUAUAAUAAAGAUUCAAACUUUGAUGAGUGGGUUUGGGAACAUUACAUUUUUGGGAAUGCACCCCUGUCCUUAAUAAGGGUUUUUUUUUGAAAGGCCCCAGCUAUUCUACCGGAAUCAUACCUGAGCUCCUUCCAUCAGUUGUUAUCAAUCUUAUAUAGUUGAUGUGACAUGUUAGGCCUUAAGAGGUAUCAUACCUGAGCUCCUUCCAUCAGUUGUUAUCAAUCUUAUAUAGUUGAUGUGACAUGUUAGGCCUUAAGAGGUAUCAUACCUGAGCUCCUUCCAUCAGUUGUAAUCAAUCUUAUAUAGUUGAUGUGACAUGUUAGGCCUUAAGAGGGAUCAUACCUGAGCUCCUUCCAUCAGUUGUAAUCAAUCUUAUAUAGUUGAUGUGACAUGUUAGGCCUUAAGAGGUAUCAUACCUGAGCUCCUUCCAUCAGUUGUAAUCAAUCUUAUAUAGUUGAUGUGACAUGUUAGGCCUUAAGAGGUAUCAUACCUGAGCUCCUUCCAUCAGUUGUAAUCAAUCUUAUAUAGUUGAUGUGACAUGUUAGGCCUUAAGAGGUAUUAUGAUUAAUGUUUGUUAUAAUCAUUAUUUACAUAUAAAAGUAAAAUACAUUUGCUUACCCUAUUUUGUUGUUGUAACAUUGUUUUAGUUAACUGUAUGCAUAUAAAUGGCAGAAAUAUGUAGCAAUUUAAGGCUUUUUCUGCUAAGAUUCUAAUAUAUGCAAUCCAAAAUGUUCAUGCAUAUUUCUCUGAUUUACACUUGACUCUUAAUACAACAUUUUUUUGUUAGGCUUUGUCUUUGAAGAACAGCUGCUCUUACAUUGACUUUAUUAUUGUUUUGUUUUCUAGUUAUUUUUUUUUAUUAUUUACUACUGGACCAAAUUUGUGCACAUUUCUACGCAUUCUACCUGUGUUUAUAUAUUGUGAUAUGUAUCUUACUGAUCAGAAGAAUCUAAAUUUACAGAAAAACUAAAUUGGAAAAUAUAUAUUCUGUUUAAUUUUUCAAUACUUGCCAUUAUUUUAACUUUAGAAGUAAAGAUUAAUGAAUUUCAAUGUUUUAUCUUUUAUAUGAACCAAUCAUCUACUGACAAUUAAAUAGUUUUUUCGUCAUUUAAAUGAAACUAAACUACUGUGAAAGAAUAUUAGAAAUGCAUUAGAGAUGUGAAUAUCAGUUAUUUGUAACAAACUUUUUUUUAUGAUUAUUUAUUUCUACUUUUGUAUUAAUUCAAUAGUGCAAUAUGAUUUAAUAGUAGUAAUUAGUAGUGGGAAGUUCAUUUCUGUACUUUUUUGAAGAAAAAAAUAAAAUAGAUCUUUUGUCUGUCAAAAUGGUGUUUGAGAUAAGACUUACAUGUAUUAUUAUUUUUCAGAUUUAUUUAGAAUUAUUGAUGAAAUACAUAUUUUGUUUUUGAUAACAGUGCGCUACAAAUAGAUUGUUUAUGAAUCUUCUUAUUUCUCAUUUCUGUGAAUUAAAUGUUUGAUUUAAACAUUUGCACAUGUAUGGAAUUUGAAGUAUGUAUUGAGAAACUUUAUUGCAUUUAAUACUGCAACUUAAUUAAACAAUGUCUUGUAGCUAAUUGGUAAUGAUAAUUUAGAUAUUUUUAUCCUUUAUUAGAUUUUAAAAACCUUAACAUACAUUUAAACAUAGAAUUGUCAUGAAAUUAGCCAGUAUCCAUUUUCAAAGGCUUGUUGAGUUGGUAAAUUAAUUUCAAAGUUGACAGUAGAUGUAUAUAAAACCAGUUUAUCCUGAAAAAAUAUUUUGUCUAUGCAAAGUAAGUUUGUAAUCUGUUGUUUCAUUGCAAUUUGGUGCUGUAUUUUUGAAACAAAAAUUUACAGAAAUAAACAAUUUAAGUUAAAA